AUGUCGUCCUCCAAGAAGAGUCGAUUGACUGAGUUUGCGAACAUGAGCCUCAACACUGCCGACUAUUCUCGGCACAGGCGAGCUGCUCCCGCAACGAGCUCUGAUGAGAAAAACGAGGAGAAGACGCCUGAAAAGGCCGCAGAAGUCGAAGACUCGAGCAAGGUCACCACAUCGCAGGGUUCCGGCAACCCGCAGGACUCGCCCACCGAAGACUUGUCUAAAAUUGAGAGCUCGACCUAUCACAUGCUUCGGUACUACUGA